AUGGGUGACUACUCCAAAGCAUCGGAAUAUUAUGAGAAGGCCUUGGAUAUUCGAGAACAGUCGAUACCUUCAAAUCAUCCUGAUGUGGCAUCAACCUACAACAACAUUGGUGCGGUGUAUUCUUCUAUGGGUGAAUAUUCGAAAGCAGCGGAAUAUUAUGAGAAGGCAUUGGCAAUUCAACAACAGUCGUUACCAUCAAAUCAUCCUGAUCUGGCAUCAUCCUACAACAACAUUGGCAUGGUGUAUUCUUCUAUGGGUGACUACCGCAAAGCAUUGGAGUAUUAUGAAAAGGCCUUGACAAUUCGACAACAGUCGUUACCAGCAAAUCAUCCUGAUCUGGCAUUAUCCUACAACAACAUUGGUGCGGUGUAUUCUGAUAUGGGUGACUACCGCAAAGCAUUGGAGUAUUAUGAAAGAGCCUCGGAAAUUCAAGAGCAUUCAUUACCAUCAAAUCAUCCUGAUCUGGCACCAUCUUACAACAACAUUGGCAUGUGGUAUUCUUCUAUGGAUGACUACCCCAAAGCAUUGGAAUAUUAUGAAAAGGCCUUGGCAAUUCAACAAGAGUCGUUACCAGAAAAUCAUCCUGACCUGGGAUCAUCCUACAACAAUAUUGGUGCGGUGUAUUCUGAUAUGGGUGACUACCGCAAAGCAUUGGAGUAUUAUGAAAAGGCCUUGACAAUUCGACAACAGUCGUUACCAGCAAAUCAUCCUGAUCUGGCAUCAUCCUACAACAACAUUGGUGCGGUGUAUUCUGAUAUGGGUGACUACCGCAAAGCAUUGGAGUAUUAUGAAAGAGCCUCGGAAAUUCAAGAGCAUUCAUUACCAUCAAAUCAUCCUGAUCUGGCAUUAUCUUACAACAACAUUGGCAUGGCGUAUUAUUCUAUGGGUGACUACCUCAAAGCAUUGGGCUGUUAUGAAAGGGCCUUGAAAAUUCGGCAACAGUCGUUACCGCCAAAUCAUCCUGACCUGGGAUCAUCCUACAGCAACAUUGGCAUGGUGUAUUCUUCUAUGGGUGACUACUCCAAAGCAUUGGAGUAUUAUGAAAAAGCUCUGUCUAUUCGACAGCAUUCUUUACCAUCAAAUCAUCCUGAUCUGGCAUCAUCUUACGACAAUAUGGGUUUGUUGUAUGAAAAAAUGAGCGACUACUCAAAAUCAUUGUCAUUUCUUGAACGCGCUCUGAAAAUUGGCGAACAAUCGCUACCUGCAAAUCACCCACAUGUGAAAGAAUGGAAGGAGAGCUUUGAACGAGUGAAAGAUAAACUAUAA